UAGGUGGUAGGCCAUGUAGAUCAAUAUGAAGGAUUCCCAACCCUAUAUAUUAAAGCAAGGGAGUGAGUACAAAGUAUACUACAUACUACAUUGCUAUGCAAGACCAAAAACCAACACAACAAGCCGUUAGAGUCUACAAUUUCUCUUCAAAAACUGCAAUGGAGCCUGUUCAUUUGAAUCAUUUCCAAAGACAUUGCUCUGUUCCUCUGACGAUUUCCGACCAUAGAUUUCUCGAUUGUUGCGUUUGUUUUCAACCCUUAACUAUUCCCCUCUUUCAGUGUGAUAAUGGUCAUAUUGUUUGCUCUACUUGUUGUCCUAAACAAAAGAACAAGUGUCACAAGUGCUCCUUGAGCAUUAGCUCAGAACAUUGUAAAGCCAUUGAGAAACUAUUGUUAUCUGUCACAAUGCCAUGUCCGAAUGCAAAACAUGGUUGCAAGGACAUAAUAAGAUACAUUUAUAGGAACCAUGAAGAACAAUGCAUCCAUGGACCAUGUUAUUGCCCCCAGUUAGAUUGUGACUUUGUUGCAUCAUCAGAAGUGUUGUCCAACCAUUUCAGUGAUAAACACAAGAAUUCUCAAAUCAAAUUUUCUUAUGGUCACAACUUCGUUGUCUCCAUGAAGUCUAAUGAGGAAACCAUUGUUCUUCAAGAGGAAAAUGAUGGAAAACUAUUUAUUCUCAAUAAUAGCACUAUGAUUUUGGGAAAUGCAGUCAAUAUUUGUUGCAUUCGUCCUAGCUCUUUUGUAUCCGAGUAUAGUUAUGGUAUGUUGGCUUGGUCUCCGAAAUGCGAAUUGAAAUUACAGUCUUUUGCAAAGAAUGUCCCGCGGUUUACUUUACCAACUCUUUCAUCAGAGUUCCUUGCUAUUCCAUUUGGUUCUUCUGAAUUUCUCAAGCUAGAAAUUUGCAUAAACCCCCCGAUCACGAUGCAAAUAUUCAUAAAGAUGAUGGACCACAGGUUGUUUCCCCUAGAGGUUAAGAGUUCAAACACAGUAGGCGAUGUGAAGCAGAAGAUUUUUGAGAAGGUAGGGAUCCCAUAUAACGAUCAACGCCUGAUCUUUUUGUUUAAGCAACUAGAAUACAGUCAUGACGGUCAGACCCUUGCCGAUCACAACACCAAAGAGAACUCAACCAUCCACCUUGUUCCCCGCUUGAUUGGGGACUAGAUGACCGUUGCACCAUUACCAAUUACUACAUCCAAGAUCAAUCAACUGUCCACCUCAUCCUCUAACGUCGUGCGCAACUCUUAUCAUGAAAACAAUCACCCUAUAAUAUAAGUAGAGAAGUCAUACAUUAUCGAUAAAAUAAAGUCUUUUGCUUUUCUUAUUAA